AUGGUAACUUUUACUGGGGUGUGCCUCCUGUCCAGUACCGUACCAAGUGCUUUGCAUAUUAGUCCUCAACAGGCCUGGAAAGUAGGUUCUAUUAGGCCCAUGGUACAGACUUGGAUUGUCACUUGCAUUUAUCUUCAGCUGCUCCUAUUUAACCCUCUGGUCAAAACUAAAGGGCUCUGCAGGAACCGUGUGACUGAUGAUGUGAAAGACGUUACAAAAUUGAGACAAAUAGAGGUUCUACAGAGAAGAAACGAUAUGUCUAAGGAAGAAGUGACUUGCUGUACGGUUCUGCCUAGUCAUUGUUGGAUAAGCGUGAUGGUGGAACAGUUGUCAGUCAGUUUGACUGAUCUUCUGGACAAGUUUUCGAAUAUUUCUGAAGGCUUGAGUAAUUAUUCUAUCAUAGACAAACUUGUGAAAAUAGUGGAUGACCUUGUGGAGUGCAUGGAAGGACACUCAUCUGAGAAUGUAAAAAAAUCAUCUAAGAGCCCAGAACCCAGGCUUUUUACUCCUGAAGAAUUCUUUAGAAUUUUUAAUAGAUCCAUUGAUGCCUUCAAGGACUUGGAGAUGGUGGCAUCUAAAACUAGUGAAUGUGUGGUUUCUUCAACAUUAAGUCCUGAAAAAGAUUCCAGGGUCAGUGUCACAAAACCAUUUAUGUUACCCCCUGUUGCAGCCAGCUCCCUUAGGAAUGACAGCAGUAGCAGUAAUAGGAAGGCCACAAAUCCCAUAGAAGACUCCAGCAUACAAUGGGCAGUCAUGGCAUUACCAGCGUGCUUUUCUCUUGUAAUCGGAUUUGCUUUUGGAGCCUUCUACUGGAAGAAGAAACAACCGAAUCUCACAAGGACAGUUGAAAAUAUACAGAUUAACGAAGAGGAUAAUGAGAUAAGUAUGCUGCAAGAAAAAGAGAGAGAGUUUCAAGAGGUGUAA